CUGAUACAAUAGCGCUUGGUUUCUCUGGGUCUUUUUGGUUCAAUUUCGAUUAGCUGGUUUAUUCCGGUUGUGAAUUUUCGUAUAUUAAUAGGACCGACGAAGCAAAAUUCCUAAGCUCAGUAAAAAACAAAAAAAAACCAAACCCUAAAAUCGCCAUGGAUAAGGAGAGAUAUUCCAGGAGCCACCGUGACGAUCGUGAUCGUGAUUCGAGUCCCGACCAUUCUCCGCAACGUGAAGGCGGACGCCGCCGCGAUCGCGAUGUUGAGUCGAAGCGGCGUGAUUCAGACCACUACCGUUCAUCGAGGCGCGAGGAUAGGGAGGAUGAGAGAGAUAGGGGUAAGGAGAGAGGUAGGAGAUCUGUAGAGCGAGGCGAGAGGGAAGGCAGUAGAGAUAGGGAAAGGUAUCAUCAUGAGAUGGCUCACGAAGGAACUAAAGAGAAGGAAUCGAGGAGCAAGAGGAAAGAGAGAGACGAGGAGAAUGGGGCUAGGGAUGGGAAGAAGAAAUCUAGGUUUUCCGAUGGGAAUGGUGAGAGGAAGAGCAGGUUUGAGGAUGUGGCUAUGGAAUCUGAGAACAAGAGUGCUCACGUCACUGAGGGUUCUGGGGCUUUGAAUCCUACCAGCGGCGUUUCGAUUGGCGCCUCUUCAAUUACUUCUGUUGCAUCGGAAGCUUCUUUGGCUCCUAGUCAAACCCUGCUCACUAAGGUAUCUUCGAUAUAUACAACGGAUGAAAAUAAGGCUAGUAUUGUCAGAUCUCAUGAGGUUCCUGGAAAAUCUAGUACAGAUGGAAGACCAUUGUCAACAGCUGGGAAAAGUACUCCAAACAUGUCUUCUGAUGCGUUAGCGAAAGCUAAGAAAACACUACAGUUCAAGCACAAAGGAUUGGCGGAUAAAUUGAAGAAACUGCCUUUGUUGAACAAGGGUACUAAGUCAACUUCAGAAGGUAGCCCAGAUACCAGAGUACCAUCAUCGACUACCACUCCUGCUGUCUCUACAGGAACAUCUUUUGCAUCAGCAGUGCCACAUUCUGGCCUUGCUGGUCUUGGGAGUAUUAACAUUGAAGCUGUUAAGCGAGCUCAGGAGCUGGCAGCUAACAUGGGAUUUCGUCUGGAUGGAAACCUAUUUUCAGGACAAGCACCCUCAGAUACGGCUGUUGCAGAGAGACCCGCCAAGCCCCCUGUUCUGCGUGUGGAUGCACUAGGAAGGGAGAUUGAUGAACAUGGAAAUGUUAUUAGUGUGACUAAACCAAGCAAUCUUAGUACAUUGAAGGUUAACAUAAACAAACAGAAGAAAGACGCUUUUCAGAUUCUUAAACCUCAACUGGAAGAAGAUCUAAAAGAAGACCCCCAUUUUGACCCACGGAUGGGUAUUGAUGUAAAAAAGAUUGUGAGACCUAAACGUAUGACUUUCCAGUUUGUUGAGGAAGGUAAAUGGACAAGAGAUGCUGAGAGUUUGAAGUUAAAGAGUCAAUUUGGUGAAGCAAAAGAAAGGGAGCUGAAGGUGAAGCAAGUGCAUCUGGCAAAGGCAAAGGAUGAUAUAAAUCCAAAUUUGAUAGAGGUAUCAGAACGUGUCCCGAGAAAAGAGAAGCCGAAGGAGCCAAUUCCAGAUGUUGAGUGGUGGGAUGCAAAUGUCCUCGUCAAUGGCGAAUACGGUGACAUAGCCGAUGGCAUUAUUACUGAAAGCGAUCUAAAGAUAGAAAAACUUACUCAUUACAUUGAGCAUCCUCGUCCCAUAGAGCCACCUGCAGAGGCAGCGCCUCCACCACCCCAACCUCUCAAACUGACAAAGAAGGAACAGAAGAAACUGCGAACACAGAGGCGUCUAGCAAAAGAAAAGGAUAAACAGGAGAUGAUCCGACAAGGGUUGCUUGAACCACCAAAAGCAAAGGUGAAGAUGAGCAACUUGAUGAAGGUUCUUGGGUCUGAAGCGACCCAAGACCCAACCAAGCUUGAAAAAGAGAUCCGCACAGCAGCUGCCGAGCGUGAGCAGGCUCAUACGGACAGGAACGCAGCCCGGAAGCUAACUCCUGCAGAGAAACGUGAGAAGAAAGAGAGGAAGCUAUUUGAUGAUCCAACAACGGUUGAGACACUUGUGUCGGUGUACAAGAUCAAGAAGCUAUCGCAUCCUAAAACAAGAUUUAAAGUGGAGAUGAAUGCAAGAGACAACAGACUAACAGGGUGUAGUGUGAUGACGGAGGGAAUGAGUGUUGUUGUGGUUGAGGGCAAAAGCAAAGCGAUAAAUAGAUAUGGGAAGCUGAUGCUGAGGCGAAUAAACUGGGAAGAAGCAGAGAAGAAGGAAGAGAAGGAUGACGAGGAAGAAGAGGCGAAUGGGGAAAACAAAUGUUGGUUGGUUUGGCAAGGAAGCGUUGCAAAGCCGAGUUUUCACAGGUUUCAUGUACAAGAAUGCCUGACCGAAUCCUCUGCCAAGAAAAUUUUCAUUGAUGCUGGUGUUGUUCACUACUGGGAUCUCGCCGUCAAUUACUCAGACGACUAAAACCUCUUUCCUCAUAUCACCAUCACCUAUAAAUGCUUUUUAACUAUUUGGACAUGUUAUUGCGGUUCUGUGAACAUAUUUUUCACCUUGUUCUGUUGUCUGGUGUUUUAGUUUUGAACAAGAAUGAUAUGUUUCUACGAGGUAAUAACUAUUAAAGUUGGUGAUGCAACAUAAAGGAUCUGAUUCA